AUGGCCGAUUACGACCGGAGACAGGGCGGCGGCGGCGGCGGCUAUAACAAUUCGAAAAAGCGGCGAUACAGAGAUGACGACGACUACGACCGCCGCGGGCCGCGACGGCGUUUCGAUGCACCUCCCCACGUGCGCAUUCGCAAGCAACUGCUGUCCAUCGCCGAGAACCCCAUGCGCCCAUGGCACGAGGAAGUUCAGUCGAUCGCGACGCUGUUCACCGACAACUGGGGCGACGAGCUCCUCCGCGUUAACUUCGUUGAGCUCAUACUCCAGCUUGCCAUCGAGCAGCCGCUGAAGACGCCGUUUCUCGCGGCCGUAGUGCUCGUAGCCAACACGAACAAGCCCGAGAUUGUCGACUCGCUACUGACGACUCUCGUAGCAGACCUUGAGAACAAGAUCAAGCAGGGCGAUUGGCGUGAUGUGAAGCUGUACCUGAAGCUCCUGGCCUGUCUCCAGAACUGUCUCGAGGGCGAGGGUAUCUUUCCUGUCCUAGACGAGCUCUUCUCUCGUGCGGUAGACUUGCAAACGGCCAGCUCGGAAGACACAAUUGGAACAGAGCUUGUUAAGAUCAUUUUGCUCACGCUCCCAUACGUCAUGGUAGCUGCGCCAGACCAGUGGCAGCAAAAGGCGGCCGAUCUUAUGGAGAAGACCGAGAUCAUCGCCUCGGAGCCGCAUGCUCUGCAGGCCUUGAUUGAGCCAUACCAUCCCGAAAGCGGCGAGGAUGCCUCUCCGUCGAUGAGCAUGAUUGGACUGCUGCAGAGCCAGCUCCAGACUGAGGCGAACAGCGGAUGGGUGCUUCCUUGCCUGCCGAGGCCCUGGGACUUUCCGCCGUCCGAGGCGGAACAGCAGUCCAAGCUCGCGGCCGCCCCGAAACACGCCCUCCCCACCAUCACAUUUCCCAAAACGGUCGUUGCCGGGCCUCGGCCCCUUUUCCCAGAGAUUUACUUCUCUGUCUAUCCGAACCAGGAAGUCGAGUCGGUACCCUCUACGGCGACAGCUGCGACUUCUUUGAUUCGCGAUGCCCUUCUAGACACCAUCAAUACUCUUCAUUAUAACCGCAAUGUCGCCGCCCGCCUUCUUAUCGAGGUGGAUUGCUACUUUGCCCCUCGGACCUUUGCCGCCAGAGCGACGCCUUUCGAUCGGCUGCGAGACAUCGAGGCGCCAAAGUCGACGUGGAAGCCCGAGGAUGUCGCAGUUGAUGCCGUCUUCUCGCAGCUAUUUCAGCUGCCAAACCCGGAACACAAGCUAGUCUACUACCACUCGGUCCUCACCGAAGCUUGCAAACUAGCGCCGGCGGCGAUAGCGCCUAGUUUGGGUCGUGCUAUUCGCUACCUAUACCGGAAUGUACCCCGUCUGGAUAUGGAGCUUUCGAACCGGUUCGUGGACUGGUUUUCGCACCACUUGAGCAACUUUGGCUUUACAUGGAAGUGGACCGAAUGGGUCGACGACGUGUACCUCCCAGACCUCCAUCCGUGGAAGGCCUUCAUAACCGGAGCUAUUGACAAAGAGAUCCGGCUCAGCUUUGCACAACGGAUUAAAAACACUUUGCCCGAGGCCUACAAGCCGUUGAUCACGCCGGAUAAAGAGAAGGAAGUCCCGGACUUUAAGUUUGCCGGCGACCGUACCCCUUUUGCUGCUGAGGGUCGCGAAAUCGCAGCACUUCUGAAGCGCAAGGCCCCGGAUGAGGAGAUCCAGCCUGUGAUCGAGCGCAUCCAUGUGCUUGCUAUUGACAACAAUCUUGACCCACUUGUGGCUAGUACCGAUGUGUUCAUGACUGCGGUCUUGCACGUAGGAUCAAAGUCACUGUCGCACGUUCUGGCGGCCAUUGAGCGGACCAAAGAUCGUCUUACGGAUGCCGGGGCCGCGUCAGACGCUGCCCAUGCCCAGAUCAUCGCCGCAGUCAUGGCGUACUGGAGUUCCCACCCGGGGGUUGCUAUUUCCAUAGUGGAGAAGCUCCUUAACUACAGCAUCUUGGUGCCCUCGGUCGUUACCAACUGGGCAUUGGUCAGCUACGCCGGCGCUACGCGGGGCGAGGCCCUCGCCAAGGCACACAUAUACGAGCUAGUGUUCAACACCGUCAUGAAGGUCACGGGCCGUGUGCGCCAGGUGGUGCAGAAGACUAACCAGCCCGACGUCAUGGUCGACGACGAGACCCGCGACCGCGAUGUCAACGCCAUGCGCAGCCUGUUCCGUGCCAUGGAAGACGCCCUGUCGGCCUGGGCCUCGGGUAGCAAGGAUGAAAUGAUUGAGGCGGCCGACGGCGACGGCAACUCGGACACCGAGAAGCUCGUUCACCGCUGGGGCGGCCGCUGGCUGCGCGUCUUCCGCCGCCGGGCUGCCAUUGAGGAGUCGUUCCUGCUCGAGGCGGCAAAGGAAAAGAAGCCCGAUGGCGGCGACUCUGCCCCCGCUGUGGCUCCCGCUGUGGCAGCCGAGGUCGACAUGGCUUAG